AUGGAUAGAGGAAGAAAGAAUGGAAGGAGAAAGAACGAUGUGAUGAACACAGUGAGGGAAGGGAACAUAAAGAAUGAAAAUGUAGACGAACAUCAAUUCUGGACCAACAUCGACAAUCAGUAUUUCUCCAAUUUUGACAAGAGAUUAAUUUCUGCCUUUGAGGAUCACAUCAAAUGCACAGAUUACAUAUGUAGCAAGAUAAAGAACAAAAAAAUUAAUAAAAAAAUUUUCCAAAAUAUUAACUGUUACACCAGUUCAGUAAAAAUAAAAUUAAAUCCAAAUGAAAGGAGUAAUGAUACGUCCAACAUUACCGAUUAUAUUUCUCAAAAUAAAAACUUGAUUUUUAAAAAUGAAGAAAAUGAAAAAGGCAACGAAAAUAAUGGAGCAGUUAUCCCUUUUGUGGAUAUUGUAAAUGAUAUAAAAAAGGAGGAAAACUUCUUCGGAUUUAAUCCAAAAAAUUAUCCAUACAGCAUUGAUAAAAAAAUUACCAAUCAUGAAAAUGCCUUAUCAUAUGAACAAAGAAGAAGCAUUAUCGAAUUUAUGCCACUGGCGAGAAAUGAAUUCUUGUUGAAUACUUUGCAUCAUCAUAAUUUGAGGAAUGCUCAUCCUGGUGGUUUCCCCUUCCAUAUGGGCAGAAAUUUGAGCCAAAUUCAGCCGAGUAAUUUUAAGGAGAACAAUUUCUUCAUGAGAGCCUUCCCCAUGUCCGACCUUCCGGAUCUCCUUGGAAAUGACCCCAUGUUUGACAUUCAGGAGAAUUCCAAAAAAGACAAUCCGCACAAUGUGGACCACCUGGACUACAUCGUUUCCCCUCCUUCGGGUGGGACUCACCAUGUCAGCGUAAGGAAUGUGAAUACCCCCUUUGUCAAUAUAGUCGAUAGCAGUGUUAAUCAUGGCGAGAAGAACAACAAUGGCAAUGGUCAGAUGCCCACUUACGCCCAGUUGAAAAAUACCUCUAGGGAAACAGGUGUGAUUCCAGAAUUUAACAAGAUGGGCAAAGAGAUGGGUGAAGUAAAUACUGAUUCGACUCCAAUAACCGCAGCCCCAGUUACAAGGGUCAUGUCGUCAAAUAAUGAACAGAAUGUUAAUAAACUACGAGAGGAUCAAAAUGAUAACGAUGAAAAAGAUAGAAUGCACCAAAAUGACACUAACCCUUGCGUCAAUCCAGGAGUUGCCAACCCAAAUGAUAGUCUUCCCCCGUUUGGUAAGAGUAACUCCUUCCACAAAAUGAACCAUGUGGGAAUGAUCGUAAAUAUGCCCAUGCAGAAGAACGACCUUUUGCUUGUGAAUAGUCAGUUCGACAACAAAAUGAAUGAAGAAAUGAAUAUGUUCCCCUGUGCGCUUUCCGAUAUGACUCGAGGAAUGUUUAAUCCUGUGAACAAGGAAGAAGAGAUCAAUGGACCCCCAAAUGACAACUACAGUGGGGAGAAUAAUCAGGAGAAAUGUGGCACGAAUAUAAACAACACUAAUAGGCUUAGCAUUGAAAAUUCGGGAACUAGAAAUAUUCCCAAUUUUCGAAGCACGCAAAAUAGUAGAAGCAUAAUCAAUUUGGAGCAUCUUCACAUGAACAGUCAUAUGAAUAAUAGAAUUGGUGAACAACCCUCGAUGUUCCUAGACAAACAAGGAAAUAAUAAAUUCUCGACGCAGAAUUAUCCUUUGUCAAAUGGUCCACUAAAUUUAAACAACGGAAUUAGUUCUUACAGGAAUGACGUACUAUAUGGUAAACAGUUUAUGGUUCCACCCCCACCUUCAAUAUACAGUAGAGGGUUUUAUCAUCAAGCUGAUUUGAUGAAUUAUGAAAAUGGGAUGAUGCUACAUAAUGGUGAAGGUAACAUGGGGUACCCUUAUGACCAAUCAAUUAAUUAUAAAAAUGCAAAAGUUUUCCCUAAAAAGGAGAGUGAAACCAAACUGAAGAAAAAUAUCGAAAACGAUGAAUAUUCCAAGUCGCCGAUGGAAAAGUGGGCCACUCCCUCUAGAUCCAGUAGAACAAAUAAGCACGACUCGAAUUUCUUUAACCCCUUUUUGAAUAAGAAAUACGAUGGAGUUGGUAAACUUCCGUAUAUUCAGAACAAACCCGUGCCCAAUGGACUCCACAUUUCGAUUUAUAUUCCCAAGAAUUACGAUUUUAGCGAAAAGAUCGACGUGGACGGUGAGAAUGAGGAUGAUGCAGAAAAGAGCAACGGUUGGGAGAAGGCCUUUGUCAAGCGAAACAGUAGUGUGCAUGGAGAAACGGGUAAGGAUGAACAGUUACUUAAGGAGGAAGAAGACCUCCGUGAGAAGGAAGCUCUAGCAAAAUUGCUUACGGAAAUUACUUUUGGCGAUAGAAGGAACAUACUAAACCCUAAAAUGUCCAUCCAGGAUAAGGAGAAAUGUUAUAACAGCAUUUUGGAUGAAUUGAAGAAUUAUGCCUCCUUGCCAAUUAUUCUGGGGAAUAUUUUGCCCUACUGGGAAAGGCAAAAAAAUAAAAAUUUACUUUAUAAGGUGAAAAAUUUAAAGCUAACGAAUGCCAAGUCAAAGUACAUUCACAUCAAAAAUGUCAAUAAGAAAAUAGCAUGCAGGAAAAUUAGGAAGAGGAAAAAACGCCUAUUAGUACGUAAGGAUGCAAGUGGAAAAUUAAAAAAGAAGAAAAAAAAAAAAAAAAAAAAAAAAAUCAUUACAGACGAUGCCUCGCAAACGAUAAAACUGAAGGAAGAGGCAAAUUAUCCCGACAAAAUCGAACAUGAAGUUGUGAAUAAAAGUUUGGAAAGUUUAGAGAAAGAAAAGUACAAGUUUGGUAACGACACCAACAGCCUAGAACUGACUGACGCUGAGAUAAAGAAGGUGCACAACGGAAGUAAGGAUGACGAAUCUGCAAACAAUGUGUAUAGUAGCGAAGCCAAGGAGUAUUCCAGUAAAUCCGAGCAGGUGCAGAUAGAGCAUUCAGGUAGCGACGUGAGGGAUGAGGAGGAAGAUGAGCAGCUUCCCCUCAGUGAGCAGGCUAUGCAGGAUAACGCAGAUGGCGUAGCCCAAUGGGAUCCUCAUUCGGUGCCAAAAAUUGGAGAUGGAACGGGUGAGAAGAAACAGUCAUAUGUACAAAGUGAAGAAAUAGCAAUGGGGGAAACGAACCUUUUAAGCGACACCAAUGAGGAUAAAAAUAGUCAUACAGUUAAUAGCCAAUUGGAGGAGUCUUUAAUGAUUUGCUCUCCUAGCAACAUGAGCGAGAGCAAGGAAUCGCAGGAGCCAUUGCUCAAUGAGGAAGGAGCCUCUUGCGCAGUGAGCAAUCAAAUAGACCCUGAAACGACUAACCAGGAAGACCUUCCAUUUAGCAGUAACACAUGUCCAGGUCAUAAUAAUAACUCAAAAGGAGUGCAAAAUAAAAAGCACCAAAGUGCUUACCGUGAAUGUCAGAGGAAAUCCUCCUAUAGGAAAAAGUUACGAUUGAAGAAGCAGAAUAAAUACUACAAUUUUCAGUUCCUCAGGAAGUUCAAAUUCUCCAUUCCGAAUAAAGCGACAGUGCCUUUUAAUAGUUCCAUUUUUUCGCUGCAAAGAAAUCAAUACAAAUCCAGCAUAUACUUCGAGUUCAUAUUAACAAAUUUAAAUCUAGACAAAUAUCGAAAAAACAUUUUGAAUGUGAAUUACAAUAACAGCAAUUCGGUCACGAAGAAGAUACGUGCUUAUUGUAUAAAUUUUAACAAAUUAAAAAAUCGGAAGAAAAAACUAAUCAAGAAGAGUACAUCUGGGUUGGGAGAAUACAACGCGAAUUAUCAGAACGACCAAGACAAAACUGUACCGUGUCUUACCAGUGAUAACAACUCUCCACUUGGUGAGCUGCACAAUGGGGGUGCCUCGGAAUUCGGAGUUGGACCAAACAGCAAUGACGCAGGAAUUAUCUUACCUGUGGUAGGUAGUGCAGAUGGAAUCGUCAACAACACCAAUGAAGGGAACGUAAAAAGCGAGAAUGAUGCAAAAAAUGCGAAAAAUAUGAAAAGUAUUAAUAAGGAAAUAUGCGUGCUCUUUUCCCGGUACGUGCAUAACAUAAAGGAGCAGAGGAAAAUCCUGACCAAGCUGCUAGAUAACAUAAAGAAUGAAAAAAAGAAGCCUUACAAAUACUGGUAUUCCAUCGAGGAUAAAAUGAUCAACUUCUAUAUCAAUGAGUAUUUAAAAAAUAAGCUAAACACGAAGCAUACAUAUACGCUAUCCAAGCAGAUUGUAGAUUUGCUAAAAUUAAGAAUAUUAAUUAGCAACAGUUCUCAGUUACCAAAUAACUGGACUGAAAAGGCCCUAUGCAACAUUUGCAGUUUGGGAGAAGAUUGGGAAGAUAACCCCAUAGUUUUCUGUGACUGUUGUUACACACCCAUGCAUUCAUUUUGCACGGGUUCCAGGAAUAUUAAAAAUUAUAACAUUGUUAGGAGAAGUUCACAGAAUUCAGACAAGAACGAAUCAGAGGAACCUACCGGUAAGCAGCAUGAAUCUUCUUGGACUGCCAACGGUACGACUAAGAAAAGCGAAUCCAAGAAGGUUAACCUUAACAUAAUAAAGUCUCUUCUCUCCGAUUGUUAUAUCAAUUUUGAUUCGCCCAUUAGUAUUUUUACUACUCCGAAAUGUGAGGAAAUCGGGGAGGAUGGUAAAAAUGGUGAAGCGGAGGGUGAGAAUGAAGAAAAAGAUGUCAGCCAAAAUGUCGAAAUGAAGACAUCUUGCAAUGAUCAACACGGGAACGGAAUCAAAGGGGAAGGUUCAGGUCAGCCAUCCCUCGAACCUAUAAACGAAGAUAAUUGCCCGAACGGAGAAGCGAAUAAAAAUUCGAAUCCAACAUCCGCAGGGGUAGAGGGUACCACUAAUGUGAAGAUCGAAAGAAUGGAUUCGAUAAAAAAUGGAGAACUGGAGGAGGCCUCCAUUUUGAAGGAUCCUCCCCUAGUGAGUAACACAAAAAAUGAGUUGCAAUACAAACAGAGCAACAUUUUGGAAACGGAAGGAAUAGCCUCCCCUGCUGCAUCAUCCUACCAGAUCAACGGAACAAAUAUUACAGCCACAAGUGGAAGUGGAGAAAAUGAUGCCAAUCAGGAUAGCGCAAAAAGUCCGGACGACGAACAAUGGAUCUGCCCAUUAUGCUCAUACCUAAGGAAUCAAAUUUUGUUCAUAGAGGAUUCCACGGCUUUUAAAAUUAUCAGAAAUUUAAGUGGUCCGAGGAAAAGAAAAGAGCUUGAAUAUUUAUCCAGAUCUUGUGAUGAAUUUGGUAAUUCCUCCUUAGAUAUAAAAAAAGAAUUGAAGGAAUAUAUCCCCCCGGAGGAAAUCACCAUAAAUAGGAACGACCCCAUUAGCGCCAUUUAUAAGCAUAAAUCAAUUUUGCUGUUGUUUGAUAUGGACGGGGAUGUUUCGCAUUACAAGGAGAAAUACAACGUGGACAUUAAAGACUCUCAUGACUUUUUCGAAAAAGUGGUUUUGAAGAACACCCAUUUGUAUAAGUACAAAAUAUUUUUCAAUUGCAUUAUUGUGAAGAAGACUCUUCUCCAUGGAGGAGGGGAAGAAGGAACUAAGCCUAGUAGUAGCAUCAGAAAUGGUCACCUAAUUCCGUAUAAGCACUCAAUGUACACCUCCCAGGCUUAUGCACUAAAACCGGAACAUCUGAAAAUGUUCCGUCAGGAACCGUUCCUAAUAAAUGAAAAUUUGGAAGAAAGUGACGGAGAUGAUUCAAAGGAAAAUGAAAAAGAAAAGGAAAAGGAUGAAAAGGGAGAUAAAAAAAAGAAGGAUAAAAAUUCUCAUCAUAGUAAAAUAUCCAAGCGAGAAUUAAAGAGGAGAAAUAGAUUGAGAGCCAAAAAAGGCAAUGCAAGCAAGAAUAAUAUUCAAACGAAUGAUGGUAAUACAACUGUGGUUGUAAGGAAAAGAGGCAGACCCCUAGGCAGCACAAAAUUAAACAAAAUUAAAAUGCUUAAUAUGAAUAAAAACAACAGUAAAAAUGAAGAAAAUAAUUUGGAAGCCACGUGUACCACUUUGACCCCUAAUAAUGAUAUUUUGAAUAAUUCCAACUGUAACCAGAACUUGUACCCUAUAAAUCCUACUAACCAUGUCAAGACAGAAAGAGAAUAUGACACAAACGAAUGUACUUAUCAGAAUAGCAGUGAAGGAGUGAAUAAGUCUGAGGUGCAUCCGCCAGAGGAUACCAAGCAAGAUGUGGAUAUAAAGAUGGGUCUUAAAGAAAAAACACUUAUAGCACAAAAAUAUUUUAGCGAAACGAAUUCCGAUUUAUCCCAAUUUAUCGAUCGUAAUUUCCCUUUUUAUGAAAAUGACUCGGAUGAAAAUAACCUUCUUUUGAAGUACAACUAUAGUAAGAACUUUUCCUUCAUUUUUAAAAUUCCCACUUGCUGCAUUUGCGAAUUCGAUUCCUUCUACAUGGGAGGAGGUCCUAUUAAGAGGACUAAAAAUAAAAAUCAGUGGUGUCAUAUCCGUUGUGCAUUAAUAAGCAAUUGCGUAAUUAAUGAUAAAAUAGAAAUUAGCAGUAGGGAGAAGACCAAGUAUAAAUGCUCUCUCUGUUUGAGGUCAAGCAACACGGGAAUAAUUAAGUGUAACAUUGCAGACUGCUUUAAGUAUUAUCACAUAUCAUGUGCCACAUCGUCGAAUAAAUAUCUCAUCGAAUUGAACGAAUCGAAUAAAUUAGUUUUGUUUUGUUCCAAUCAUUCCCAGAAAAAAGCGCCCACCGAAAUUUUAAGGAAAUACCAAAUCCUUCGUGAAAAAGAAUUUAAUAAAAAUAAAUUGGAAGAUAAAGUAAAUAUGUCUAAAGUAUUUGAUGCAUACAUUUUGCAAUCCUACCUUAAAAUUAGUGAUAUGAAAUUAUUUAAUUUAUUAUCCUUAUCAUCUCUCUCCAUAUUUGAGAAAUUUGUUUAUUUUAAUUAUGAUAAAUAUAGCCAGGAUUUGCAAAACAAUGUAGGCAUUAUGGACGAUUUUAACGAUUUGUACCAGGCGUUUGAUCAGCACUUGUCUAAGGAGCGCAACGAUGUGGUGACUUCCAUAUCAGAUCAAAGCAGAGUAAGAAAGAGAAUCACCGUACCAGAGGUGGACACUACGAAAGUGGAAAAUGAACAGAGCAGUACGUCGCCCGAUUGCGCUACCGCGCCAAUGACUAAAUGCGCAACUGAUAUGGAUCCAGAUGCAGAUGAUGAACAAGGAAAGAUGUUCCUAGAACUGGAGGAGAAAAACCGAACGAAGAACACGUCCAUCGACAUAUUCGACCUAGAAACCAUAAACAAAAUUAGCAGUACCAAGUGCAACAAUAUUAUAAGCAUAAGUAGCUUCAAAAAUAUCUACAACGAAAACAUGCUUGAUGAGGAUUCCCUCCUCAAAUUACUUACGCAUGAUUUCUUGUACAUGCAUAAGGAUUUGCAAGAAUUGAAUAGCGUCAUACUAAGCGAUAAGUAUAAAAAGUUAAAGAACUUUGAAAAUAUUUUAUUACUGUAUCCUCAUUUUAAUGAUUUCCAGUUGAGAAGACUGUCGGAGCUUAUCCUGGAAAAGUAUCACAUCAACAGUAUAAAUUAUGAGGAUGAAGAUUCCUUUUUUUCUUUUUUCCUUCAAUUUCUCUCCUUGUUGAAUAAUAAGGAUUUAAUGUUAUGCAGUGUGUGCUUAUCCAGGUCCAGUUACCCACAGAAGGGAAGGGAUGAGAGGAAGGCCGCAAGCAGGGGUGACACGUACGCACUUGAAGGUGGAAAUACUAACAUCACUGGAAAUGGAGACCCAGUUAGCGGAAACAACAAUCACGAAAAUAGCAACUACACUACUUCCUGCGGGUCCAACCUCAGAGAACAUCUAGAGAAUAAAAAGGAGCGCAGAUUAGGAUCACUCAGUGUACUCAAGAAAUGCUGCAUGUGCAACGUAUUUAUUUGUUACUUCUGUUGCCACAGAAUGAAUAUCGACAUUAUUAAGAAUUACCUGAACGAAGGGACGAAAAUUAAGGCGCCUAGCCACUCAGUUGUGAGGGUGAGAGAACGCAUCAGAAACGCAACACGCCCCAACAAAGUCGGAAGACCAAGCAAAAACAGACACAGACUACACACGGCUGAUACGACAAAUUAUAAUGACAACGUGGUGGUAACGGAUGAGAAUAAUGAAAAUAAAACAGGAGAGUCGGUUAUUAUCGUUGACCCAUCCGAGGGGGCUCAAUCUGGGGAGAAACAAAAUGGAAAUAAAAAUGGUUCCAUUGAUGGAGGUGUUGACGUGGAGGCAAUUGAUACGGACGCGGUUGCUGUUCCCGUGGAAGGAGACGCUGUAAUUGUGAACGGCGAGGAUGAUGCACAAAAUGGAGGCGAACAACCGGAGAAAAGAAAAUCUAUUGAUAGCAAACUUGCGGAACAGGGCUUAUCGUCAAAGAUUGAGCAGGCCAAAGAACAUACGCACGAUAUAACCAAAAAGAAUCAUAACGAUGAUGAGUUUGUAUGCCCGAGGUGUCAAUAUUUUCAAGUAAAAAGGAAAAUAGGUUUCUGUAUGUAUUGUCCCAGAUUAGAUGGAUUUCUAAAUUGUCAUGAAGAUAAGGCGAAGAAAGAACUACUAUUUGUUCACCCCAAAUGUUUAGAAUACGUUAAUACAGCCUAUUGCAAAAAGAACAUGAACGAAACGAAACCGGGGGCAAUUAAAAAGGUUUGUAGUUACUGUAGAAUUAAGCAUGGAAUAGUUAUCACAUGCAGCAAUACAGACUGCGAUAUGUCCUUCCAUAUUUCAUGUGGAAUUUUAUUAGGGUGCAAAAUGGACAAUUUUUUUGGCCGUGUUGAUAUUUACAAUCCGAAGAAGGCUUAUUGUUUUAAGCAUACCUUCCAGUCAUGUAAAAAAAGCACAGUAUCAAAUUUUAUUAACACAAAUAAGUUGUUCUUUUUUGAGAAUUUCCUCGACAGUCCCUUCAACCAUUUGUACAAUUUCCUAAUGGGCACCUACAUUUUUAAGCAACUAAAUAAGAACUGCGUUAACCAUUUAAUGAAGCCAAUCAAGAUAGAGGAAAAUCCGUGCAUCAAUACCAUUUUCGAAAGGACGCAAUUAAACGCUUUGAAAAAAUCUACUCAUCUGCUAUCGAAUGAUAUUAAAAGAAGCCACAAGAAGAAAACAGGUCUAGGUCACAUCUUGGAUGAAGAGCACAUUGCGGCGGGUAUCUUCCACAAUGAGGAAAGCACAGGUGGUAAUCAUGACAACAACGGAGAAAACUUUUUUCACAAAGAUUUGAAGUUCCUAAUUGAACACCAUUCUAAGAGUUCAUCCCACGCACAGAAGAACAUGCAAGCAGAGGAUGCACGACAUGGAGUCAACCACAUUUCUGAUCUCAUUAUGGGAAGAAAAGGAGCAACAGAUAGUAGUAACUUACCACAAGAUAAACGUAAAGCACUACAAGUAGGAGCAGAUGGUGGAAAAAAUCCAUUUGCAAACUUAAGUAACAAUGGAAAAUUCAAAAACGAUCCCUCAUUUAUUGAUGACAAUGUAACAGAAAGCGCAGUCUCAUUGUUGUCUGAAAAUGAAACAGAAGAACUUCGAUCAUUUCAAAAUGUUUCCUUCUUUAACUCCAAGGCAUAUUCUCAGAUUAACAACAUAGUGAGCAAUAGCUUUAUUCAUCAAGGGACCAAGACCCCUCAGAAUCAAAACAUGAUGACGAUGCCAUAUUACAGUGCUUCCAAAACUAUUCCCAAUAAUACAUACCCCUUUUUCGAGGCCAAAAGUGAGGACGUGAAAAAGGAUGGACAAUUGGCCAAUCUGCAAAGUGCCAAAACCAAUCCACACAUUUUUUCUACCAAAAGGGAUAAGUAUAACCAAUUAGAAAAAAAGAGAAAAAAAUAUUUACUGCAACCGAAUGAGAAGACAGCAAAGAAGAACCUUCCCAAUGAUUCUAGUUGUUAUAAUUUAAACCUCGACAUGAAUGGCAAAGGGAAUGGAACAAAGAGAAGGAAGUAUCGAAAAAAUAAAAACGGAAACUAUGAGGACAAUUUUGAAAACACCAAUUUUAGUAGCAACAUGUUAAAUGCAUCCACUGGGCUAAUAAGCCCAACGCAGAUAAGCAACAACAGCCAUGCACAGAAGACAAAUGUCUCUACUGAGUUUGAUGUCAAUAUGAACUCCACGACAUACCAUCUGAACGAGCUUAUUGUGAACAAGGAUAAACAUUCUGUGGAGAAGUCAAAGGGUACGAAAAAGGAACUGGUGAAAGUGAACCAAAAUGGAAUGAAGGAAGGAAAACAACACACACAAAAUAAUGAACUCAUAAAGGAGGAACAAAUUUAUUGUCCGGUAUGCAAAAGUUUCUAUGAAGAACUGAGUGAUGGCUCCCCAGCCGAUGGACUAAAUUGGAUUGGAUGUGACAAAUGUGAAAAAUGGUAUCACUGGAUCUGCUGCAAGUAUUCUAUUGACAAUCCCCCCGAUAUGGAGAAUGACUGGUAUUGCAGCGCUUGCCUGAACAGCUGA